AUGUCCUUCGAAAGCGUUGCGCCUCCAACGCUCGUGCCUGCAAUAGAUCCCUGCUCCGACUUCAGCGGUACUUCUCGCGACUUUGUUUCCAACAAUGGCACAACGCCUUCAUCAGCAAACGGGAUUUUCCCAGCGCCAGGCACACUUCGACGCCCCAUCCGAGGAAUGCCGAAGAAAUCCUUAUUGUCGGAUGCAACCAUCGCCUCGCUAUCAGCCAGAACAAGUGCUUGGAAUCAUUCGCAUGUUCCACGGUCGGACGCAGGAGGGACAGCUGUGAAGACAUCGUGCUCGGAGGUCGAGCCGUCUCCUCAGCCCGACCCGAUACCCAUCUCAGCUUCUAGGAACUCGCAGGCCCCAUCGGCGCUUGCACAUUACUUUCAGCAGCUGCAAGUUUCGACCGAGGGCCAGACUUUAGAUUCAGAUGCUUCUGCCACGUCCUUCCGGCAAGACGAGGCAAUCAUCCAGAAAGUUUCACCUUCCAAAAUGGAAACGCCCUUUCGCUUCCCGUCACUGCCUCCCCACUUGAUCGACGAAGGCUUUCACUACCGUCAACGCGCGGCUCAGUUCAUCCUGCUAUAUAGUCAACAGGCGACCCGAGAGCAACUGUCAAGAUGCAACCUUCUGUCUCUUCCGCUCAUGGCGCGGGACCCUGGCACCACCUCCAGGUCUGUCGGCACCAGCAGGCGGACGACGGCCACUCAGCGUUCCAGUCAGCACGAACAUGAGCAUCCCAGCUCUGCGCACGACGAGGACAGCGACAGCAAUCACUCUCAUCAUCACACCAACAUCGCCUCGGACGACGAUGGCGAAUACCUCGACUUUGAUACCUGCCGCACCGUGCAUCUUGGCAACAAGAAGAAGCGGAAAAGCAGUCGUUUCAGCAAUUCCGGCUUGCCUUCCCUUAGCAAUGGCGAUCGUUGCUUCACAGAGCAUCCUCACGUCGACAGCACUCCUUCAUCCCAUUCCAACGACUUGGCUGCAGGCGACCUAAUCAAAUCUCAAAGUCGUGCACUUGUUGACAAGACCAACAUGUCACAUAACCUGCCUCUUCAGUCAUCCGUCGCUGUCGCCGACAAGCAUCCACAAGCCGGCUUCGUUCCUUCCAAACCGGCUUCGGUUCAACCUCACACUUUCGUCCGACUUCCGUUCAGACAGACGAGCGGCGAGCGGCAUACAUCGAUUCUUCGGAAACGCAUCAGAGCCCGUCUAGCUCCCAUCUUUGGCCGCAGAAGGCUUGAUCGGUGGCAGCAGCAGCUGAGAACCCAGCAAGAGGUUCAGACGCGGCAAGAGGCAAACGCUUUGCACGACGUAGACAAGAGAGACGCGGGUUCUCCGGAGAGAAAAGCUCCGCCGAAACGUGUCUCCAAAGCCGGCAAGAGAGCACAAGCUAUUCGAGGCGGCAACUCGUCUGUCAGACCACUCACCAUAGCUGAGAUACGCGCAAGAGCCGCAGCUGCCUCUGAAGGAUCGCCUAACAUACCUGUCAAAAGCUCAUCGAGACCUGCGUCGUCAUCGCCAAAUGGUCGGAUCGUCACGAAUGAUGCAAAGCAGCGCUCGUCAUCUCCUAGCGAAAGCCUCGAACGUCCGCCAAGUGUGAAGCCGAGUCCUCCAGCAGCGAUUCAGGCUAAGGGAGGUCAGCUCUCUACAGCAUCCGAAGGCGCAGCAGCAGACAACGACGUGACAGUGUCACAGCAGAAGAUUUCUGCACCGACGUCGAGUUUCGACUUUCGAAUGUCCUCCGCUGUGACGCUCCGCCUUCGUGAGUUGCGCUCCCAGCUCGAUGCGGCUACACGACAUCCCUCCAAUACGGUAGAAGAAGGAAACGUGCGCCCUGGUGCAAACGGUCUCUCGCCUGCUGCACUCCGCUCCGCCCGAUCUUCACCUCCGAGGAAUGGCAACGAUCGUGGAGACCUCCGUGUCACAGACCAGUCUCAUCGACACGCCUAUCGUUCACCGUCCCUGGUGCAUGGCGGAUCGAGCCUUCGACAAGCUGACGACGUUCUCCGUACGAGCAAUGCAGAAUCACGUCUGGUCUCCCGGAGUGUCAAGGACCAGAAGGCACCAUCGCUUGCAACAGGAUCCGAAGCUCGUAGCCGGACGCUCACGACGCAUCGGGGUCAGCAACAAAGCACGACAGCUUCGCCGAACUCGACAUCUACCCCGGCGUCAGUGAACGGCGACAGAGCGCCGGCCAGUCGCCGCACAGCAGCACAAAAAACCCCGUCGAGGAAGCGCGACACAGCUUGCAAGCACGGGCAUGCAAAUGGUCACGGUCGUCCGCACGGGUCCGGAUCUGCUCUUUUCACCGACGACGACUGGAUCUGCGUGUUUUGCGAGUACGAGCUGUACUACGGCGAGACUCCGCUCAUGUUGCGGGCCUGCCGCAACCGCAAAAAGUUGGUCGAGAAGAAGAGCAAGGUCAAGAGCAAGGCCCAAGCUGCGCUUCAGAAGAAAGCCAGUAACAAGACCCAUGUCAAUGGCUGUCAUCACGAUCAUGAUCACGAGCACGAGCACGACCACGGUCACACGUGUCAUCACGAUCGUAGCAGCGUCAGCGGAUCCGACGACUGUUGCUGUCACGACCACGAUCACGAUCACAGUCACCGUGGUGACUGUGGGCAUGGAUCUGAUUGGAACACAGAGGGCCGACAUCGAGCACAACCUCAGUCAAGAAGCUCCCAUCACGUAGAUGGCUCGGCCACAGACGAGCAUUUGCAUCGCGAACGAUGCGACUGUGGCAACUCGAUCCAUUCCAGUGACUUUGGAGACGAAGACAGAUGA